AUGAGACAUGAUUUUUUCAUGGAAAAGGAUAUAAGAAUACUUGAAAAGAUUGGGGAAGGAGCCUUUGGUUAAGUAUAUAAGGGAUUAUAUAAGAAUGAGGAAGUAGCAAUCAAGGUAAAAUUAAUUUGAUUAAUUAGUUCUUGUAAGGUGCUUAAAUUUAGGAAACAUCAAUCAUGAAAAAUCUGAGACACAAAAAUAUCAUAAAAUUUUAUUAGGUUGUAUCAUAUUGAUAUAGUUUAAGUAUUUUAAAUAAGGAAAUUACUAAUAUUUAGUAAUGGAAUAUGCAGCUGGAGGUUCAUUGAAAGAAUUAAUGAGAAAAAGUUUAGAUGAGUCAAUCAUCAGUUAGAUUAUGUAUUCUAUAUUUACAGGCAUUGAAUAUCUUCAUUCUAAAUAGAUUAUACAUCGUGAUAUCAAACCUGGUAUUUUAACAUAACACAUUUAGAUAAUAUCUUAAUAAAAAACACAGAAGAUCUUUCAAGCAUAAAGAUUGCUGACUUUGGUUUAAGUUAUUAAUACAAACCUGAAAUUCGUUAUUAUUAGACUGUUUCAAAAUAAUGUGGAACAUUUAUAUAUAUGGCACCAGAAUAAAUUUUAAAUAAAACAUAUAACAAAGCUGUUGAUAUGUGGUCAUGUGGCAUCGUACUUUUUAUGCUAUUGAAUCAAGGAAAACAUCCAUUUUAUCCUAGGAUUUUAACAAAAAAAGAAUUUAUCAACAGUUUUCCAGAUUUGAAAUAUGAAUAACCAUUUCAUUCAUCUCCACUUGCACGAGAUCUCUUAUAAAGAUUAUUAUAAAAUGAUCAAGAUUCUCGAUAUACUGCUUCUUAAGCAUUAGUUCAUCCAUGGAUUACUCGAAAAUUUAAUGAUCCUAUUCCUAUGAGUGUUAAACAAUUUGGAAUUUGUUAAGAAUUAAAAAAAAAAGUAUUAUUUAUAAUCAUUAUAGACUUUUUAAUAAUUAUAAUCUAUUUUGUUUAUAAUUUAUUUGCAAAAAAAUUCAAUUAAGUAAUCUCCAAUUCAAUCUAAAAAAGAUCUAAAUGAAUUUAAACUUACUAUUGCUGAAUCUGAUGAAGAUAGAUAUGAAUAAAAAAAUCUAGAUAAUAUCAGUCCCAGAAAUUAAUAAUUCUUAAACUAAUUAUCAAUAACUAGACCUACUAAAAUAUUCAAAUCUUCUAAAACUUUUAAUAGAAUACCUUAAAAAGAAAAGCAUUAUCGUUUGAAUGCAAUUCUUAAUCAAACAAAUGAAUCUAAUCAAGAAUUAAAAAUGUUUAAGUUUCAUCAAUAAUAUAGUAUUGAUAAUGAAAAAAUAAUCAUUCCUAUUGAUCCAGAAUCCCCUAAGAAAAAUCUAAAACUUAAUUAACCAAACAAAGUACUUCUUCCUGCAUUAUCAGAAAUAACUUAAACUUCUUUAAGUCCUAUAAAAUAAACAAAGGUUUCAAUUGUAAAACAGAAUUCAUUUAGAAAAACAGAUUCUUCUUUUUUCUUAGGAUUAAAUAGAAUAAAUAAUAAUUCAGUAUAAGAAUCAGAAACUAUAAGAAAUAAAGAAGACAUUUAUCAUAGAGGUUCAAUUAUAAAUACUUAAAGAUCAAUUGCCAAAAAUAAUGUUAUUAAUUUAGUAGUAUCUCCAAAUUGUAAAAUCAUACAGUAGAAUAAUCUUCUUAUCCAAAAAAAAAUAAUAUGA